AUUUUCAACCUCUAGUCCUCUCUACAUACACUCAUCUUUUUAGCAUUCUAAUUAUUCAACACAAACCGUAGAAACGGUUCCAUUAAAUUCAGAUAAGUAAAUAAAACGCACCCUAACUCUCUGAUCAAAUUUGUUACCACAUAUUCAUAGAUUCAUCAAUCCGCGUGCCGUAUGUGUGGUAUAUACUUCCCCAACAUAAAACUACCUAAGAUAUGUACAUCCUAUUUAAAUAAAGGGUUCAUUGACCAACAUUUACUACAAAGCUAUAGUUUUUUUUCCCCUAAUAAGGUAGGAGUGACUCCAAUGGCACAAAAGAAACCUCAUGUAGUAUGUCUUCCAGCACCAGCACAAGGCCACAUAAUCCCCAUGAUGAAACUAGCAAAACUCCUACACUCAAGGGGAUUUUACAUCACAUUAGUUCUUACUGAGUUUGAUGUGGCUAGACUAGCUGCUGCGGCAUCCUCGGCCGCAGACUCUACCACCACCACCACUCUUCAAGGCCUCAAUGACUUCAGCAUUGAAACCAUUCCUGACGGUUUGCCACCAGAAAACAACCGCAGCGUGCUAGACUUGCCGGAGUUGUGCGUUGCUUUGCCAGGAGAACCAAAGGUGGCCUUUAGAGGUGUCCUAAUGAGGCUUCUUGCUUCCCAUAAUACCCCUCCAAUCACUGGUAUAAUUUCAGAUGGUGCCAUGUUCUUUGCACUUGGAGUUGGCAAAGAAUUGGGUAUCCCAGUUUGGCUGUUUUACACUACAAGUGCUUGUGGCAUGUUAGGGUAUAUGCAGUAUGAUGAGCUUAUUAAAAGAGGUCAUUUCCCAUUAAAAGAUGAAAGCUACCUUACAAACGGGUAUCUUGACACACCAAUUGACUGGGUUCCAGGAUUGAUCAAAGGGGCUAAGCUGAAGCACCUUCCUACAUUUAUCCGAACCACAAAUCCAAAUGACAUUAUGUUCAACUACUUGGGAGAAGCGGCGAGAACCGGUUCAGCUGCCCAUGGCAUGAUUCUCAACACAUUUGAUGAUCUAGAAGGCCAAGUCUUGAGUUCAAUCAAUACAGAAAUCAACAAUCUCUACACCAUUGGCCCUCUUCCACUGCUCUGCCAACGACUAAACGAACGAGAACUUCUCCCUUUAAGUUCGAGUUUAUGGAAGGAAGACACUAACUGCUUAGAAUGGCUUGACAAAAGGAGUCCAAAAUCAGUCAUUUAUGUUAAUUAUGGAAGCCUAGCUAUAUUAACUCCUUCACAAUUAGAGGAGUUUGCAUGGGGAUUAGCAAACAGUAAUCACCCUUUCUUAUGGAUAAUCCGGUCCGACCUUAUCGUAGGAGGAUCAAGUAUGUUGUUAAGUAAUGAUUACAUGGAGGAGAUUAAGGAAAGAGGGUUGUUAUCGAGUUGGUGUUCGCAAGAGAAGGUGCUUCAACACCCUUCAAUCGCGGUGUUUUUAACUCAUUGUGGAUGGAAUUCGACUCUGGAGAGUAUUACUGAAGGGGUGCCUAUGAUAUGCUGGCCGUUUUUCGCCGAGCAGCAAACAAACUGUUUGUAUGCUUGUCAUGAGUGGAAGGUUGGUGUGGAGAUGGAGGAAGGCGAGGUUCGAAGAGAGAAAGUUGAAGGGUUAGUGAAAGAGAUGAUGGAAGGUGAAAAGGGGAAGGAAUUGAAGGUAAAAUCAAUUGAGUGGAAGUGUAAAGCAGAGGAGUGUACAAUGUUUGGUGGUUCAUCUUACAGUAACUUUGAUAAGUUAGUGAGUGAUCUUAUGUUAAUGUAUGAUAAUCAUUGUCAGUCUACUUUAAAAUGUUCCUAAAUGCUCUACAUCAAGGAAGACAUUGCAAGAUCUUUUAUGUACUAUGGAAGUACAAAUGAGUAGUGAACUAGUGAUUGUAAAUAUGUAAUGGCCCUAUCGUUGUUCUCCUUACCUGAUCUGGUCUAAUUUUUCUAGUUUCUGGUCUACUCUGAUUCUUCCUGAUCCAAAUGUUCUAUGUGAGUGUUUUAUGAAUAGUGAACUAGUGAUUGUAAAUCUGUAAUGGCCCUAAAAAAGGCCUAAUGUUGUUUGUAUUCCUGCCCAAGGCCACAUGUACCGUUACACUUCCAUAACUAGGAUUUGUUCUCUUUA